AUGGCCGACAUCAAGGAUGGCGCGUUCCGCCACGACAACAUGGACGUCCCCAAGGGCGAUCGCGUGAUGCCGCUCUUCUCUCUCAAGGGACGGACGGCAAUCGUCUCGGGCGCCGGCGCCGGCAUUGGUCUCGCCGUCGCCCAGGCGUACGCCGAGGCGGGCGCCAACGUCGCAAUCUGGUACAACAGCAACAAGCAGGCGCUGGCCGAGGCGGAGAACAUUGAGAAGACGUACGGCGUCAAGUGCAAGGCAUACCAGGUGGACGUGGUCUCGGCCGACGCUGUCGACCGGGCCAUCAACGAGAUCGUGGCCGAGUUCAACGGCCGGCUGGACGUCUUUGUGGCCAACUCGGGUAUCGCGUGGAUGGACGGCGCUUUCAUCGACGGGCCCGUCGAGACGGCCAAGAAGGUCAUGGCCGUCAAUGUUGAUGGCGUCAUGUGGUGCGCCAAGAGCGCGGGAGCGCACUUCCGCCGGCAGAAGAAGGAGGGCACGACGCUCGACGGCAAGCCCCUGGACAACUUUGUCGCCGGCAGCUUCAUCGCGACGGCGUCGAUGAGCGGUAGCAUCGUCAACAUUCCGCAGCUGCAGGCCGUGUACAACGGCUCCAAGGCGGCAGUCAUUCACUUCUGCAAGAGCUUGGCCGUCGAGUGGACGGGCUUUGCGCGCGUCAACACGGUUUCUCCCGGAUACAUCCAGACCGAGAUUUCGCACUUUGCGUCGCCCGAGAUCAAGAAGCAGUGGAAGGACAAGACGCCAAUGGGCCGAGAGGGCCGGGUCGGCGAGCUCAAGGGCGCCUACCUGUACCUGGCGAGCGACGCGGCGUCGUAUACUUCGGGGCUGGACAUGAUCGUGGACGGCGGCUACUGCCUGCCGUGA